ACGUAUUUUUUUAACCACAGGUGCAAAAUGACUGCUCAAGUAACACUGGAGGAUGCCUUAUCCAAUGUGGAUCUCUUGGAAGAAUUACCAUUGCCAGAUCAGCAACCGUGUAUUGAACCUCCGCCAUCAUCUCUGCUUUACCAGCCAAACUUCAACACUAACUUUGAGGACAGAAAUGCAUUUGUCACUGGCAUUGCGAGAUACAUUGAGCAAGCUACAGUCCAUUCUAGCAUGAAUGAAAUGUUAGAAGAGGGCCAGGAAUAUGCUGUCAUGUUAUAUACAUGGAGGAGCUGCUCAAGGGCCAUUCCCCAGGUUAAGUGCAAUGAGCAGCCUAACAGAGUAGAAAUUUAUGAGAAAACUGUGGAAGUGCUGGAGCCAGAAGUCACAAAACUGAUGAAUUUUAUGUAUUUCCAGAGAAAUGCAAUUGAACGGUUUUGUGGGGAGGUGAGACGCUUGUGCCAUGCAGAGAGGAGAAAAGACUUUGUCUCUGAAGCAUAUCUGAUCACACUGGGCAAAUUUAUCAACAUGUUUGCAGUACUGGAUGAGCUGAAAAAUAUGAAGUGCAGUGUGAAGAACGACCAUUCAGCCUACAAGAGAGCUGCUCAGUUCCUACGGAAAAUGGCAGAUCCUCAGUCCAUUCAAGAGUCCCAGAAUCUCUCCAUGUUCCUUGCUAACCACAACAAGAUAACACAAUCAUUACAGCAGCAGUUGGAGGUGAUUGUUGGCUAUGAAGAACUGCUUGCAGACAUUGUGAAUUUGUGUGUGGACUACUACGAAAACAAAAUGUAUCUAACCCCCAGCGAGAAACACAUGCUUUUGAAAGUAAGUUUCUUUUCAGUACAAACUUAAAGAAAGGUUGAAGCA